AUGGUACGCGUAUUCAGGAAUGCCUCGGCUUCGGUCAGGCGCGCACCCAGUAGGGCCGCCAAAAGGAAUGCCCAAAAACACAAAGUGAUUAUGGAAUCUAUCACGCAAGAAAAGAAGAAACUCCGAAGUGUUAUUUCAUUUGAAACCAAAGCGCCCCCUGGCUAUACCUUCAUUUCAGCAGGUAAUCCCCAGGUCACAAACGCCUGUAAAGAGCUUUGUCGAAAAGGUGGUUUGAAGAUCUAUGCUGUCACGACAACUCCUCACAUGCGCAACCACGAUCUCUCUCAACACGUGCAUCGAAUUGGAUUUCAUUUUCCAAGUACAAUUGUUGCUACUGUAUGUAUGAAUUUAGGGUUGUCUCUUACAGCAACGGGGAAGGUUGUGCCCGUUCAUGGUGUUGGCAGUCACCCUAGAUCCAAUGAUGAAGAAUUCUCUCAAAUAGAGAUCAACACCGAGGCAAGAGACGCUCUAAGGGAUCUUUUCCCUAAUAUACCAGACAAUGAUUUGAAUCAAAUAAUCAAAACAGCAUUUCAAAAGGGUCAACAAAAAGUUGGUACAGCCCUUGAAUUGCCAUUGGCUCGCCGUGCCCAACUGGCAGUAGUGGCACACAUUCGUCAUGUCUACACUGAUUACGACCGUCUUUUGAAGAUGACCUCUUUCCACGAAGCAAGAAGCUUAGUUGAAGAGCCAACACUGGCAAGAUUAGUGGCAUGGCGUGGAGAUGACGAAAAUGGGAAAACAGUACUUGAAGAUGUAUUUCGAGAAGUCAUUGUUAUCUCUGAUGAUGAUGACUCGGAUUCUGACGAAGAGGAGAACGGACUGCCGUCUACCAAUCGGGAUCACAAUGUGGAAUAUGUAUCGAGUAGGGCACGCGCCGUGGAACUCUCAACAAGACCAAUCGACUUUGCGGGUUCAGCUUCGCGGGGCACCGUACGAGAGCUGUCCGAGGACGAGGCCCCGUCAAGCUUCCGUUUUAUCUCACAAGUACCCAGAAAAAACAAGGUCGAUCGCCGGGGAUUUAGCAGAUACCAGGCCUGGGACCGUGCUAUCAAUCGCUACAGGAACUUUGCAAAUGCCACUGACCAGGUUAAACCUUAUGGCAGCUCAACUGACCAGCAGAGACUUUACUCCGUACGACAACCACCGCAUGGUAUUGAAGUAGGUACAGGAUCUAGAGACCAGCCUAUAUCUUUUGUAUACACUGCAGUGCCGUCCAUGCACCAUGUAAGUGCCGAAAUCAAGCCAGCCCUUCUUCCGUGA